GACUACAACGCAUGCAUCAGUUUGGCCUGGCAAGCCAAUACGGAUGUUCAAUACAUCAUGGCCGGUGCAAGCGACGUCAUCAACUACAUCACGGUCUACGCAACGAAAUCCGAGAAGUCAAAAGGAGUCAGCUUGCUCGAGAUGUCUACCGACGACUUGAACAAUGAGAAAAUGUUCAAGACAAUGUUGGAUCUGUUGCGGCAAAAGGUGCAAAUUGAGAAAAAAAAAUUGAUAUUUUAUUACAAAGAGAAUUUUAAGGAGACUGGCAUGCUCGAAAUGAUCGAUGUUUUGAUGUCGCACGAGCUUUUUGGAUUCGACACUGGCCAUGUCUUCCUCAAUACCAAUGAAGACGAGAAGAGGAAUCGGCAGCUGCGACCGGCCGAAGUCAUCCAGAGAGAGGGCCCUGGAUCCUGCUUCGUCGAAAACGUCGUGGAUACCUAUAUCCUUGUCGUCCAAAAGAGCUUGAGGCUAGAUGAUUUUUUGGCUUUAAAUUAA